AUGAAUCCACAAUCUGUUAAUUUAACCGAAUUGCUGGAUGAGGAGCCAAAACCUCAACUGGACCCGUACGAGGUUACCUUCGGCGUGUUGACAGCUCUGACAUUCGUUUUGAUUCUCACUCUCAACCCGAUAUGCCUUGUGGUGCUUCAUCGCGCCAGUGGCAUCCAAGAAACGACCAAGGUGUUCAUGGCUUCACUCAGCGUGUCUGAUAUCUGCAUAGGGCUGUUCUUGGUGCUCGAUUUCAACGGGGAAUGGGUGUUGUCUUUUCUGUGCACCGCCUGGGGUGUUUCAGCACCAUCUUUUGGUGCACUGAGUAUCUUUUCACUUGUUCUCCUGACAGUGGAUCGCUUUGUUGCUAUCGUCUACUCGCUGCGCUAUCCGACACUGAUGACUUUGAAGAAAGCAGAGAUAAUCGUCGCUAUCACGUGGAUCUUGACUUUGACUUUCUUCACAAUUGUAUCUGGCAUCGUUUUACCAAAUGCCAUAUACCCGGAGGCACCUCACACAUGUGUUGCCCGUCAGCAGGCACGUCGCAUCGCCGCCCAGGUCAAUGUUGAUUGGGGUGAUGAGAGAGCUCUGCAGAGAGUCAGCCCAAAGUCGGCUACCACGGUGUUCAUCAAACCAUGA